GGAGUCCUCCCUUCAGAGGUUUAUUUAGCAGUGUGGACCCCAGCCCAUAAUAAUCCUGCAGACACACCUGUAGAGGAGAGUAUAAAGACCCUGGUCAGCACUGAGUCAAACAUAAAGCAUCAGGAGUGUCUCCACAGCAGCUCUCCACAGAAGCUCCACAGCCUCCAGACCGACCCUGAAGAUGACUCCCACUGCCAGCCUGCUGCUGCUGCUCCUGCUCGGCCUCUCUCAGGCUCAUCCUCUCCAGGAGGAAGAAAGCGAGGAAGAGGUCCCUGACGACACCGUUGACAUCACCACCAGGAUUCUGACCUCCAACAACGGCACCGAUGAGAUCCUGCUGGAAGGAGACCUGCUGGCUCCCAGAACCAGAAACGCCAUGAGGUGCUGGUCCCAGAGCUGCCUGUGGAGGAAAGGCUCCAACGGCUUGGUCGUGAUCCCCUUCACCGUGAGCAGAGAGUUCACCAGCUGGGAGAGGCAGAAGAUCGACUCCGCCAUGAAGUCCUUCCACAGCAGGACCUGCAUUCGCUUCGCCCCCCGUCAGAACGAGCGCGACUACAUCAGCUUUGAGAACAAAGCCGGAUGUUUCUCCGCUCUGGGCAGAGUGGGAGGCAGACAGGUGCUCUCUCUCAACAGGCAGGGCUGCAUCUACCACGGCAUCGUCCAGCACGAGAUCAACCACGCUCUGGGCUUCCAGCACGAGCAGACCAGGAGCGACCGCGACAACCAUGUCAGGAUCAACUGGGAGAACAUCAACCCACAGAUGGCCUACAACUUCUACAAGCAGUCCACCAACAACCUCAACACUCCCUACGACUACUCCUCCAUCAUGCACUAUGGAAAAACAGCCUUCUCCAUCCAGUACGGAAGAGACAGCAUCACCCCCAUCCCCGACCCCAACGCCCAGAUCGGCCAGAGGCAGGGCAUGUCCUACUGGGACAUCAUGAGGAUCCACAGGCUCUAUGGCUGCUAACAACAAUGUUGACGCCUCAUAUACCAAAUUGACAAAUUUCCUGUUUGUGUUUUAUAUUCUGUAAUGAAUCAAAAGUGACUACAAUAUAUGAUAACAAUGGUAAAG